UCGCUGACGUCAGCGCGCAGCUCCCAGAGAGUGAAACAAACAUGGCGACAGGCCGAAGCGGGCUGCGAUACACUACGUUAACUUUGAUCGUUUUUCACUUGAGCGCAGCUGCUGGGCGGACUGGGGGAGCGGCGGCCGGCGGAGGGGCCGUGAUCCUGGGCAUGAGGCUGGAGAAGAGCGAGGGAGACUCCGGCGUGACCACGGGGGACGGCGUCUUGCAAGUGAGGGAGCGCAGCGUUGUCCAACUCCGGUUUUACGGUUUGCAGCUCAGCCGAGACACCGGCUCGGCAUUCAUCGCCUUCACGGACGAGGAGUUCACGGAGACCGGGGAGGAGGAUGAGGAUGAGGAGGAAGAGGGCGGCGGAGGAGGAGGAGGAGGAGGUGCCGUUGCCAACAGGACCUGCCCGGACAUCACCAAAGACAUCACCGUCUCCAAAUACAUGAAAGUGUCGAGUCGGGACACCACCGGCGUGCUCAAUCUCACCAUCAAAGCGCUGCGCAAGAGCGACAAGUCCCGCCUGUACAGACUUUGCAUCCGAAACAGCACCGGGGGGCAGUGGUACCUGCUCGGGGCCAACGACGGUAAGCUGCUGGUGGUGGAGGAGCGCAAGCCCAUGCUGCCGCUGUGGCUGCAGAUCGUGGUCAUCUGCGUCCUGCUGGUGCUGUCCGGCAUGUUCAGCGGGCUGAACCUGGGUCUGAUGGCGCUGGACCCCAUGGAGCUCCGCAUCGUGCAGAGAUGCGGCACCGACAAGGAGAGGAAGUACGCCGGCAAGAUCGAGCCCAUCCGCAAGAAGGGCAACUACCUCCUCUGCUCGCUGUUGCUGGGCAACGUCCUGGUCAACACCACGCUGACCAUCCUGCUGGACGAUCUGAUCGGGUCCGGGCUGGGCGCUGUGGUCGCCUCCACGGUCGGCAUCGUCAUCUUCGGGGAGAUCGUCCCCCAAGCGCUGUGCUCCCGGCACGGGCUGGCGGUCGGGGCCAACACCAUCGUGGUGACCAAGUUUUUCAUGCUGGUGACUUUCCCUCUGUCCUUUCCCAUAAGCAAGCUGCUGGACUGCGUCUUGGGGCAGGAGAUCGGCACCGUUUACAACCGGGAGAAGCUGGUCGAGAUGCUGAAAGUCACGGCCCCUUACAACGACCUGGUCAAGGAGGAGAUGAACAUGAUCCAGGGAGCGCUCGAACUCCGAACCAAGACCGUGGCGGACGUGAUGACGUCGCUGGAGAACGGGUUCAUGAUCCAGAGCGACGCCGUGCUGGACUUCAACACCAUGUCCGAGAUCAUGGAGAGCGGCUACACGCGCAUCCCGGUCUACGACGGGGAGAGGUCCAACAUCGUGGACAUCCUGUACGUCAAGGACCUGGCGUUCGUGGACCCGGACGACUGCAGCACGCUCAAAUCCAUCACCAAGUUCUACAACCACCCGGUCCACUUCGUGUUCCACGACACCAAGCUGGACUGCAUGCUGGAGGAGUUUAAGAAAGGUAAGUCUCACCUGGCGAUCGUGCAGAAGGUGAAUAACGAGGGUGAGGGAGACCCUUUCUAUGAGGUGCUGGGGCUGGUCACUCUGGAGGACGUCAUCGAGGAGAUCAUCAAGUCUGAGAUCCUGGACGAGUCCGACAUGUAUACUGAUAAUCGCAGUCGGAAGAAGGUUCUGAACAAUAAGAAGCGGGAUUUCUCUGCGUUCAAACAGGAGAACGAAUCUGCCGUGAAGAUCACCCCCCAGCUCCUCCUCGCCGCACACCGCUUCCUAGCAACGGAGGUGACCCUCUUUGCCCCGACUCUGAUCUCGGAUAAGAUUCUGCUGCGCCUCCUCAAGCACCCCGAAGUCAUCCAGGAGAUUCACUUCAAAGAGGACGACAAGAAGAGAGCCGAGCAUUACCUGUACCAGCGCAGCCGACCCACGGACUACUUCACACUGAUCCUGCAGGGCCGGGUGGAGGUGGAGGCUGGCAAUGAGCACAUGAAGUUUGAGACGGGUCCUUUCUCUUACUACGGGGUCAUGUCCCUCAGCACCCCCACGCUCGAGUUUCGCUCCCCCUCUCACGUUGCUGGUCUGAAUCGCUCCGUCUCUCUGAGCUGCACGGACCGGUCCGAGUCACUGUCCGUCGGCGGGAGCAACAACCAGCUCAACAGCACCCCCUCCCUGCAGGCGCUGCAGUACACCCCUGACUUCAACGUGCGCGCUCUCACUGACCUGCAGUUCAUCAAGAUCACCCGGCAGCAGUACCAGAACGGGCUGAUCGCGUCCCGGCUCGACAGCACGCCACAGUCCCCCGAGCACACACACAUCGCCAUGGAGACACGCUUCAGUGCCGAGAACGGACCGGACGAGACUACCAGCCUGCUGAACGAGCAGAACAGCGCGGUGCAGAGCGGAGCGAACCACAGCACCGACUCCACUGUGUAACACAACACAACACAACACAAUACAGAUAACCACAGCACCGACUCCACUGUGUAACACAACACAACACAACACAGAUAACCACAGCACUGACUCCACCGUGUAACACAACACAACACAACACAAUACAAUACAGCCCUUUCCACAGUCCAUACAGCCAUCUACAGAGGAGACAGGAGACCCCCACACACACACACACACACACGCACACACACAGGAACCCCAGGACAGGAGGAAUGCAGCCUCCUACUCAACCCAGAGCAGCUCAAACAUCGGCUGCUGGAAAGUGUUUUUAUGACGGAGUUGCCGAGUUUUGAAAAGCAGCUGGUUUGGAUCGGGUUCCAGUAUGGAUGCUUCACCCGGAUAUUGCUGCAGCCUGCAGUCCCCCAACUCGCCCAGCAGAGGGCAGCGUGACCCUGUGGAUUACAGCAAAGCUAUCCCGGUCACAGGCAGCAGGGGGCGCUGUUGGGAAGCACGGGAAUGUGGAAUUAUUUAAAAACUAUUAUAAUUAACAAAAAAAAAAAAAAAAACAAAAAAAAACUGCAGCUUUUAAAAGAACAGCCAUUUUGGGAUCUUCUUAAUCUGAACAGCAAGCCAGCAAUAAUCCACGAACGGGCCUGGACUCGAGCGGGCCUGGACUGCGUUCUGAAUAACAGCCAGAGAAAGGUUGCGUUUCCCUCCCCGCUCAUGUUCCCGAGCUGUGAGCAGGUUUGAACCCUGACUCUGCCUAGAAGUCCGACGAAAAUCUGAAUAAUAAUAAUGAUGAUGAUGAUAAUGAUUCCUAAUAUUUCAAUUUGAAACCCGUUUUUCAGUAGAGGUGUGCUGCAGAGAAGCAUCGGAACACAAGGAGGCUCGGUGGCCCAGCGGUUAAAGAAAGGGGUCUUGAUAUACCAGGAGGUUCAAAUCCCGGCUCAGCCACUGACUCACUGCCUGUGACCCUGAGCAAGUCACUGAACCUCCUUGUGCUCCGUCCUUCGGAUGAGACGUAAAACAAACGAGGUCCUAUUGGAAGUGACUCUGCAGCAGCAGCAGCAGCAGUUGUUGAUGAAGCAGAGUUCACCCCCUAGUCUCUGCAAGUCGCUUUGGAUAAAAGCCUCUGCUAAAUGACUAAAUAAUAAUAAUAAUUCCAGUGCAGUCCUCCUACAAUGCGAUAUUCGACUCGACCAGCAGGUGGCACUGUGGUAAAAAGUUCAAAACCCAGGUUAAUCAAGAUCAUCACAUUUAAAGGGAAAUGUUUAUUAUUCUCUGUUUUUUUUUCUCUUUUCUGGUGAGCGGGGGAACGAAAAGUCUUCCUGUUUUUUUUUUUUUUUCCAGUACUGUAUGUAUUCGCCUUUUAAGAGAUUGAAAUUCCUGUAUUUCCCUUUAAGAACGCGAUUCCAAUUUGGCAACAUAUAAUCAUGAUGAUAAUGAAGUUACGAUUGCUUCACCAUUAAUAAUAAUAACAAUAAUACUAAUAGUAUAUGAAUAUAUAUUUUUAAAUGAAAGAUUGAGAAAGAAAAAAAAAAAACUAUAUUUAAAGGAGAGGUGGUUUUAAAGGAGAGGUGGUUUUAGCCACAGAUGAU